GGCGAUUACGAAGCCCGCGCAGUUUCCAUUUGUUCAUCUCACGCGAGACUCGUUUAUCCUUCAUGCGAUGGCUGUAAGAAACAGUUCUGUGAUGUCUGUUCAAACAUAUCUGUUACCCAGUGCAAUUCUUGUCUGAAGCAUUUCUGCUCCAAGUGUCAAGUCCAAUGAAACGAGAAUAUAACCAAGAGCGGAAAAUGCGACCAGUGUGACGAGAAAAUACUUCGUCCCUUACAAGAAAUUUGUCGCAGCCACAUACGCCAUGCCAUCAGAGGUGCUAUUGUAACAAGCAAAUCGCCUGUUACCUCGCUGCAGUCAAAGGACAUUGACCACAACGUUCAACAGCUUCCUCUCCCGGGAACUGUGAAGAACUUUGUGUGCUACAAAUAAUUUGACUGACCCUCCCUAACCAUUUGAAAAUAAUAUAGGGUCGGUUGGAACUAUCAAAAAGAGAGUUAACAACAGUGUUGCUCUUGUAUCAGACAGGAAGCGAUCAACUUAAAGGAUCUCUUUGAAUUCAUUAUUAGUAAAAAAAAUAUUUUGUAGAAAAAAAGAAGGUUAACUGUGUAAAUAAAUCUAAUAUUAAUUAAGAAGAAUAAUGAGUAAAGUGUUUCACAGAUACUUGAUAAAUGGAAAUGUAACAGGACUGAACUGGUAGAGAAAGAUAGUCAUUUGUGUUGAGAAAACUAAAAAGUUCUAUGGGAGAGAUUGAAAUCUUAGUUAAAAAGAAGUGUAUAGAAUUUUAAAGUAUUAAAUAAUAUUAGAUUCUGCAAAGCAUGUUAUGUUCUUCUAGUGCUGCUAUGGCUCUCUAUUACGUGGAAGAGAAAUAAAAUAAUAUGCUAACUCUGUGGUACUAGGUGACAAAGACAAAUUGUAAAUCAUGUGAUGGAAUACUUGGAUUUCUUUUAUCACAACUGGUUGUAUGUAAACGUCACAAUUGAAAAUAAAAGGAGUUGUAACAAGUUU